AUGGAAGAAGAUUCCCAUAUUGACAAAAAACCAAAAUUAGAUAUGUCCUCGGAAGAUAAUAAACCAGAUAUGUUCACCAGUGUUGGUGAACAAGCACAAGGAAUUGACAAUCAAGUUAGAGACACUGGUGCCCAUGACGUCGAAGGACAUCCAGUACAAGAAGUUGAAUCAUUAUGUAUGAAUUGUCAUAAGAAUGGUACUACUCGUUUAUUAUUAACUAAGAUCCCAUAUUUCAGAGAAAUCAUUCUUAUGUCAUUUGAAUGUCCUCAUUGUGGUUUCAAGGAUAGUGAAAUCCAACCAGCUGCUCAAAUUGCUGAAAAGGGAGCUAGAUAUGUUUUUAAAGUUGAAAAUAAGAAGGAUUUUAAUCGUCAAGUAGUUAAAUCUGAAUCUGCCACGGUUAGAUUCGCAGAAUUAGAUAUUGAAAUCCCACCUAAAAAGGGACAAUUUAUUAAUAUAGAAGGUUUAUUACAAGAAAUGAUUGAAGAUUUACAAGGUGAUCAACCAGAAAGAAAACAAGUCCAACCAGAAUUAUAUGCAAAAAUAGAACAAGUCAUCGCCAGAAUAAAUUCUUAUCUUAAUGCUGAACCAAAUACUUUACCAUUAACCGUCAGUGUUGAUGAUCCAGCUGGGAAUUCUUGGAUUGAAUAUUUACCUGAAGAACAAGCAUCUCAACAUAAAUGGGCCAUGUAUGAAUAUAAUCGUACUGCUGAACAAAAUGUAUUCUUAGGAUUAAUUUCAGCUGAUGAUGUAGCCAUACAAAGACAACAAGAAUUACAAGAAAAGAAACAAGCUACCGAUUCAAAUAUUUCUUCAAUUUUAGAUAAAAAUCCUCAUUCAACUGGAUUUAUAUCUGAUGCUACCGAAAUUGAAAAUUUUGCCAAUGAAGUUCAAACUUUUGCAGCAACUUGUUCAUCAUGUUAUAAACCUUGUGAAACCCAUAUGAAAACAGUCAAUAUCCCCCAUUUCAAAGAUGUGAUCAUCAUGUCUACAGUAUGUGAUCAUUGUGGAUAUAAAUCAAAUGAAGUUAAAACCGGUGGUGCCAUUCCUGAAAAAGGUAGACGUACUACUUUAAAAGUAACUGAUCCAGAAGAUUUAGCAAGAGAUAUUUUGAAAUCGGAAACUUGUGGAUUAAAUAUUCCUGAAUUAAACUUGGAUUUAACUCCAGGUACUUUAGGUGGGAGAUUUACAACUAUUGAAGGGUUAUUAACUCAAGUUUUGGAAGAAUUAAAUGGUCGUGUUUUUAACCAAUCUUCUGAUUCAAUGGAUGAAGAAACAAAGACUAGAUGGACUACUUUCUUCGCCAGAUUACAAGAUGCUAUUGAAGGUAAGAUCCCAUUCACUAUUGUGAUGGAAGAUCCUUUAGCUUCUUCAUAUAUUCAAAAUGUUUAUGCUCCUGAUAAUGAUCCAAAUAUGAUUAUUGAAGAUUUUGAAAGAACUUUUGAACAAAAUGAAGCAUUGGGUUUGAAUGAUAUGAAGACUGAGUAG